AUAUGGAGAGGACACCAGACCGACAAACAGAAAGCAAGCGAAACAAAACAAUGGAGCAAAAUCCUUUGUUAGGAGGAGGAAGAAGAAUAACCGAAUACAGUCAUGGUCUCUGUUCAGGUCAGAUCCAAGCACUGGCAGCUAUGUGUGAAGCUUUCGUUCCUCCAUUGCCAGUAAACGAUUUAAGUAACGAAAUCCCAGUUGAUAAGCAGCAGGCUCUUCGUUCCUUUUACCAAGCUUCUGGCUCUGAUCCUCCAAUCCCUCAUGAGGUAGCAGAGUUCAUGGUGAAGAGAGGUCUACCAGAAAUUGUAAAAGUAGUGAAAUCGGUUUUGAAGGUUCUAUCAUUUAGAUUGGGUACACUGUUGCUUUGUGGGUUCAUAUGCUUUGAUUGGAAUUGGCCAUUCUUUCACAAAUUUUCUGAACUUUCUGUGAAGAAGAGAGAAGAAAUUCUCCUGAAGUGGUCAAGACAGAAGUACAUUUUUCCUUUAAGAGCAGCCUUUGUCGCUGUCAGGAUCUUCUGCCUGUACACCUUCUUCUCCAGGACAGAUGAAAAUUCUGAAAACCCAGCUUGGGAAGCAAUUGGAUAUCAUAAAGACAAUAGAGAAAAGUUGAGAAGAGAGGAAAGACCUCUUCAGAAGGGGAUAGUUGAACUUGCAAAUGAAGAUGAUUCCACAAUUCUCCAAUCUCUCAUUGAAAAAGGCCUCGAAGUCACUGAAGAUUCAGAGCACAAAAUCUGCAAGAUCAAAUGUGAUGUUGUGAUUGUUGGUUCUGGUUGCGGUGGUGGAGUUGCAGCUGCUGUGCUUGCAAGCUCAGGCCUGAAAGUACUUGUCCUAGAGAAAGGGAACUACUUUGUAGCAGAGGAUUAUUCUUCACUUGAAGGACCUUCAAUGGCCGAACUAUACGAGUCUGGUGGAAUCCUAUCAACUCUUAAUGGGAAAGUAAUGAUUUUGGCCGGAUCAACUGUUGGUGGAGGUUCUGCGAUAAACUGGUCUGCCUGUAUAAGAACACCGGAUUAUGUUCUUAGAGAAUGGAGUCUUGAUCAUAAAAUUCGAUUUUAUGGGAGCUCUGAUUAUCAAUAUGCAAUGGAUGCUGUGAGUAAGAGAAUUGGUGUUACAGAUAACUGUUUGAAUGAAAGUUUUCAGAAUCAAGUUCUUCGAAAAGGGUGUGAGAAUCUUGGUUUGAAAGUCGAAUCAGUUGCAAGGAAUUCUUCUGCUGAUCAUUAUUGUGGUUCUUGCAACUUCGGAUGUAGAACAGGUGAUAAGAAAGGAACAGAUUCAACUUGGCUCGUCGAUGCUGUAUCCUGUAAUGCUACAAUCAUAACAGGAUGCAAAGCUGAGAAAUUGAUACUGGAGGAUGAUACUACCGGAAAUAGAAAGAAAAAAUGCUUAGGAGUGAUUGCAAGAGCGGCAAAUACAAAUAUCACUAAAAAGCUGCAAAUUGAAGCUAGAGCAACAGUUUCUGCCUGCGGUUCUCUUUUGACUCCCCCGCUAAUGAUAUCUAGCGGAUUGUUGAAUCCAAACAUUGGCAGCAACCUUCAUCUCCACCCGGUUGUAGUGGCUUGGGGAUAUUUUCCAGAGCAUGAAUCAGAUUUCAAAGGCAAAUCAUACGAGGGAGGAAUUAUCACAUCAAUGCAUAGGGUCAUCUCGGAGGAAUCCAAGGUCCGUGCCAUUAUACAAACCCCGGCACUUGGGCCAUCCUCAUAUGCAGCACUAUCGCCAUGGGUUUCAGGGCAGGAUUUCAAAGACAAGAUGGUAAAGUAUCCUAGAACUGCUGGCUUGUUUGCAUUGAUCAGAGAUCAAGGUUCAGGAGAAGUGAAAGCAGAGGGUAGAAUUAAGCACUGGCAAAACCAGUUUGAUAAGGAGAACCUCAAGAUUGGCUUAAGGCAAGCUUUAAGAAUUUUAGUUGGUGCUGGAGCUGUGGAGGUCGGCACUUACCGCAGUGAUGGCCAAAAAAUUGCAUGUAAAGGCAUCCAGGAUAAGGAUUUAGAGGACUUCUUGGAUACAGUCACUGUGAGUGGGCUAACUUCAAAGGAAGAGCACUGGACUUUGCUAUUUUCUGCACAUCAAAUGGGUAGUUGUAGAAUGGGAGCCACAGAGAAAGAAGGCGCGGUCGAUGAAAACGGGGAAAGCUGGGAAGCAAAGGAUUUAUUUGUUUGUGAUGGAAGUGUAUUGCCAACUGCAAUCGGGGUUAAUCCCAUGAUCACGAUUCAAUCCACAGCAUACUGCAUUUCCAGGAAGAUCGUGGAAUCCUUGAAAAGAUAGCUAAAUUCUGGAAAAUUGGAACUGUCCUUAAUAAUUUAUACAUGGUAUAAUUGCUUGAUUGUGUAAUAUGAUGAUAAAUAAUAAGUCCAAGCACUUCGAGGUAUUAAAA